AUGAACCUCAGCCUCUCUGAUGCUGGGACUUACUACCGUGCUGUGGCCUCAUGUGGGGAGAUACUGUUUGGAAACGGGACCAAGCUGGACAUCGAAGUGGACACGGAAGACAUCGGCCAUCCAAGUCCUCUUCUGCACGCCUAUCUUGGAGACAAUGUGACUCUGCGAUGCUUCUAUCCGGACAGAUAUUCUUAUAUCUCAUGGUACAAGCUAAAUGUAGGACAGAAGCCUCAACUUGUAUCAACAAUUUACAAAUAUGGUGGUGGUGCAACAUUUUACAGUGAGUUUAAGGAUAACCCUCGGUUCAUAGUGCAAAGUGGAAACGGAUUUUAUCACCUACAUAUCUCCAACACUCAUCCAUCUGACUCCGCCACAUAUUUCUGUGGGGGACUUAAUGUUAAUGUGAUGGAAUUCAAAAAUGGGAUAUUUCUCAUUCUGAAAGGACCAAGCAAAGCUGUUGUACAGCAGCCUGUGUCUGAGUCAGUCCAGCCAGGAGACUCUGUGACUCUGAACUGUACAAUACACACUGAGACCUGUGCAGGAGAACACAGUGUCUAUUGGUUCAGACAUGGCUCAGGAGAAUCCCAUCCAGGAAUCCUUUACACCUAUGGAGACAGGAGUGAUCAGUGUGAGAAGAGCCCUGAGGCUGGGUCUCCUACACAGAGCUGUGUCUACAACCUCCCCAAGAGGAACCUCAGCCUCUCUGAUGCUGGGACUUACUACUGUGCUGUGGCCUCAUGUGGGGAGAUACUAUUUGGGAAAGGGACCAAGCUGGACAUUGAAAAUGGUUGUAAGGAGGACCAUGUUCUCUUGGUGUACUGUCUGGGUGUAGCGUUGGCUCUUUGUGUCAUCCUCAUCAUUGUCCUUGGUUGUGUUUUGUAUAAGAUGACCAAGAAAACCUCUCUGCUGUGUAGAGGAACGGACCCUCAGUCAAGUGGUCCGGGAGUCCCCAGUUCUUAUAAUCAGGAUCAAGAAGAUGAUGACACACUCAAGUCGGUCCAUUACGCUGCUCUGAACAUCAUCCACAAGAAGCCAAAGACCCAGAGACAGAGGGGCACCAUGGAGAGAGACACUGUGUAUUCUGGGGUGAGGUGCAAAAACAUGGACUGA